AUGUCUGUUUAUACACCAGCCAAUCAGCCAUCGCUGGUCAGACAUUCCAUCAAGGAGGAGCCUGAUGCUUCUCAGGCCGAGGAGAUCGUCAUCAGCGAUACCUCUCGGUCGUCCUCCAUCAGCUUGGACGCUCUGACGAUGGUCGCCUCCAACGAAGCACACAUGUCUUAUAAGAUUGUACGGGUCAUCGACACCGCCAGGCGCAUCCAGAAGAAGUUGGUGCGCGAGGUCGAGGAAGUUUCCCAUCAACACUUUCAGAGCAUCGAUCUCGAGGCUUACCUUGCCUAUAUUGCCGACGAGCGUCUGGUUCACAUGCCCCCAAAGGGAAGCCAAUGGGACCGCGUGUUGAAGUCAGCCGAAUUCUUCGGUUUUCAGCUUGACGGAUACUCUCGCCACAUCCAGUCUUUUAUCGAGGGUUGUACCCUGGUUCGAGACACGGCUUUGGCCACUUGCCAUCUGUUGCUGGAGCUCGGCCAUGACCAGGCUCAAGCUUUGGAGCCGACGUUCAAUGCCCUCUACGAGCUUGGCCUACUGCUCGGCCAUGCCGUUAGACUCAAAGGCAUGUUCACUGCGAGUGAUGCCAUUCGCUAUGAGCUCAGCUGCAUCUUCGACAGCGUGGUCUGCCUCGUCGGAGACGUUGCUAUUCAUUACCGAACACGUAUUAGCAGUGUCUCCAGCGGGUCGGUCAGUUUUGAUUUUGACGCUCAGUUUGGUUCGCAAGUCACCAAGAUCUGGACCCAGAGGGAGCAUCUUUUCAAUCACAUGUGGCAACACAAACUUGGUAGCAAAAACCGUCGUCUUGACAUUACCACCCUGCGUCGACACCUGCUCCCCACAAGGGAGUCAGUGAAGUCGCAUGUCUAUGGCCGUGUCGCCGAUCGAAAACUGCGGGUCGACGGCACAUGCGAAUGGCUCUCCCGUGACCUACACGACUUCCUUGGCAGCGACAAAGACAUAUUCACCGUCACUGGAGGUGAGGGCUGUGGCAAAAGCAUACUUGCUACAUGGAUGAGAGAAAGACUGGAACGUCCCAUCAACCGUACUCAGUACGAGACCAUCUCUUACACAUUCUCAGCUGAAAUCCCUUCGGAGGAUACCUCCAUCGCUUUCCUGAAGAGCCUUCUCUCCCAGCUUCUCGAGAUUAACGUCGGGGAUGUUUCACUCUUUGAGAAACUUGAAGCAAUCUUUGAGCAUACAUCUCCUCACCAUAACAACGAAAAGCUCGAGUCGGACCUAUGGGCGGCUCUUGAUUUGAGCCUGACUUCUAUUAACAACAAAAGGGUUAAUCUGGUCCUCGUCGUUGACGGUCUGGAUGAAGUCUUGGGCGGCGCGGCCAAGGCAGAAGAGCUUCACAAGCGCCUUCACACUAGCAUCGGCAAACUCCAGCUGAUCCAGGCCGUCACUCUCUCACGACCCGUAUCCCACCUUGGCGGCAGCCACUGCAAGCAUUUGGUCAUCACGCCAGAUCACGUCCGUGAUGAUAUUGAGCUCUAUCUCGCCAACAGGCUUAGCAAAAACGACUGCUUCAUGUCCCAAAAUUCGGACGCCAGACGGGCCUUGGUGAAGCAGAUUGCCGAUCUGGCUAGGGGUUCAUUCCUGUUCGCAUACCUCUGUAGACAGCUGUUCGCAGCAGUCUCGAACUUUGGUACUUUUGUGGGCAUAAUCACCAAAUGCAAUUCCGACAUCAAGGCUGUCAUCGGGGAGCUCAUGAAAAAGGUUAACUUCAAGGAGAAGCAUGGGGAAAGCAAGAUCUACAACCUCCUCACCUUUUUGGUCGCCGCAGAACGCCCCUUCACGGUUGGCGAGAUGACUGAUCUCCUGGGCGUAUCUUUGUCUACUCGCGCCGUUUCCUCUGACGCCGAUGUUAUGAGCACUGUGCGCGACACACAGGGUCUUGUUGUGGUCCGCCGUGGAACACUCCGAUUCAAGCACUCUACCAUCAGGAAGUAUAUCCAGGGUCUCUGUGGAUCAACCCUGAUGUCUAUUCGCGACUCCCAUCGCCACCUUACCAUGGCCCUCCUCCUCUUCGCCAAGAAAAGGUUCACUCACAAUUGCGAGCCGUCAUUGGAGCUAGUGGCCGAGGAAUUCUUCCAGGAGGUCUUCCAGGCCUGCCACAUCGUCAACUACAUGAUGCGUCAUUGGAUUUCUCACUUCCGGUCGUCGUCCUUGUGUGGUCAAAACGGCACGAUAAGCCUGACCUCGGAGUUCAAAGAAGUCUUCCCUGACUCAACCUUUUUCUCCAUGCUAGAAUGGCACUACUGGCAAACUCAGUACGACAUCCAGGAAACUAUUGAUAUGCAUAACCUGAGUCUCCGUAUUCGGCAUACGUGUCUCGGCGAGAAGAGCAUGCCCUACCUCCAGAGCCUCAUCACCUUGGCAAGCCUUCAUCGGCGACGGGCGGAAUGGGAGAUCGCCUCCGAGCUUUUCUACAAGGCCUCAAAUCUCGGCCGGAACAUUCUAUACAAGUUUAGCCCGCUUGUGGUUUCCUGCACCAACUUGUUCCUUGCGUGCACCGAGACCCUUUCGUUUACUAAGCGGACAACCACAGCCACCCAUCGUGAGGAGAUGAUCAAGUUCAUGAUCGAAAUCUCGAAGAACAAGCAGGGUGGUCGCAGUGACGCUGUUAUCAAGUGGUACAAGGCUCUCGCCAGCCUCUAUAUUGAGAUUAAGGAGGAACAGGCCGCGAUGUCCAUCUACAAGGAUCUUCAUAUCAUCGUCAUCGCUCGAUUCGGCAAAGGCUCCAAACUUGCUGAAGAAAUUUCAGAUAUGACUAUUGUUCUCAAGGCAGGAAACAAGAAGGGUGUCGAGAUUGACCAUUUGGGUGUUAUUUUUGGGACCACCGAAGAGCUUUCCCUCGCCGAUGUCCGUUGCAUCAAGAUCCUUGUCAGCUUGGCUCGCGACUACGAGGCCAAGGGGUAUCUCGUCCAGGCGGAGAGGCUUUACGUCAGCAUUUGGCGGGGCAUCCUCGAGGCUUGCCGUACGAAGGCCACGACGGAGCUUCAUGUUGAGAAGAUCAGCAUCGUUCUUGAGUACAUUCAUUUCCUCAAGCGCAUAAAGCGGAACGAAGAAGCCUGUAACAUCAUUAUCUGUGUCUGGUCAGAGUACGAAAACCAGCGCUUUGAGUCCGAGACCAUCAUGAUUCGUCUCAAGGAGCUUGGUGUUAUCGCUAGGUCUUUUGGGAUACUCAGCGUGUCCAUGAACAUUCUGAAGAAGGUUUGGGGCUUCUUCAAGGACAGAAAGACAGUUGAGAGCGAGGAGGCCAUCUCCACCACCACUAUCAUCACAGAGGUCGUCGAAGAAAUCACCGAGACCAUCGUCGAGACGAAGACGUCCGUCACAAUAGUCGAGACCGUUACCCGCGAGAUUUGGGAGACCAAUUAUCAGCGCUGCCGCCAUGGCAAGACCGACCGGCAGUUUUUCAAGUCCUGUCUGGCCAUGGUCAACCUCUACCUCAAACUUGAGAAUUGGGCUGAGGCCGAGGCCGUAAUUCGCAAGACUCUUGAAAUAACAUGGAAGAGCGUCUUGUCUGUCGACUACACUAUGACCAUUCAGGGCGAAUUCAUAUCCGAGCGCGUAAGAGUCGCUCAGCGACUCGCUAUGUGCUACCACCGCCAGAGGCAGUUUGAAAGAGCGGACGAGAUUUAUCUCCGCAUUUACAAUGCCUGCUUCUUUAAUUUGAAAGUCGAAAAUCUCUUGAUUCUUGAGUCUGCAGAGGCUCUCGUUCAGUUCUACGAGGAUUUCCACCGCCACGAAAAGGUAAUCGAAACCUACACCAAGCUCCUACAGCACUACCGGAAGCAUCUGGGCGCCGGCCACAACAUGACUGUCCAGGUUCUCUACAAGCUUGCUGCUGUCUACCACAAGCUAGGCCGCAAGGAGGCUUAUGAUUGUUACACCGAAAUUGUAACAAUCUUUUCAAAGGAUGGCUGCUGCCACGGUAGUGCACUCGACGCAGCCAUCGUCGUUCUCAACCACUACCACUCCGAGAAACGCUGGGCUGAGCUCCAGAAGAUCUGUGUGACUCUGUGGACUACCUUUAUCCAUCAUAACCGCGAGGUCAAGUUCACCCAAGAGAUCGUUGAACUCAUCUACGAGAGAUACCGCUAUGUCUUGGAGUUCCACGCCAAGGCAGAGUUCUCCGUCCGCUACAAGAUCACAAUCGAGUAUCGCGAGACUGCUACCAAGAUAUUUGGCGCCUCAGCUGCCAUUGUGAUCAAGGCCUUGAUCGCUCAGGCCAAUCUUUGCGAAAGCUCCAGUGAACGCUGCCACGAGUCCAUCACUAUCUACGAGGAGAUCAUCAAGAAGUCAACGAAUGUCAACAUAGUUUCAGAAACGACUGUCAAGACGAUCAAGAAGCGCUUGUCCAAGCUGUAUGUUACCGUCAUAACAACCAAUAGGGUAACGACUACUACUACUAUUGAACGCGCAAUCGGAGUUAGUCUUGAGAUAUACGGACAGCUCAAGAUUGAGUUUGGCUGGUGGCAUGAGAAGACACUUUCCAAGCUGAAGGAAAUCGUCUUGAUGUACAAGAAGAUUGGAAGCAAGGAGGCACACUCUUCUAUCACUCAGAUUCUUCAGCUCUCCAUCAUCGAGGUCAUCACCAACGUCAGGGUCUCGGUGAACCUGCACGCUGCUGCCAAAACAUUGGCGUCCAUCUACAUCUCUGCCGGCAUGGUGCACCAUGGCCAAGACCUCCUCCGCCAGCUGCGUUACCUCCUCCUUUUCCCUGGAUUUGAGGGUGCUGAGCAGGGAAUAAACAUCAAGGUCUCUGGCCAGUCCAGCAAGGUCUACCUGGUGUUUCUCAUCUCUUUCGAGCAGGCUUUGAACGGGGAGUCCAAGGCGGCCUAUAGCUUUUCGGAGCUCAUGGCGGACGUGCUUCUCGAGACGGUCCUCUACGAGCAAUACAUGUCUGUCAUGUCAACAGUGACUGAAUCCACCAUGAUUGAGACCAUUAUCGAGCCCGCGGCUCGCCUUCGUUACGUUUGGGAGUCGCGUGGCCGCAAAGGCUUCGUGUCGGUGCUGGACAAAAAGCUGUUUUCCCUUUUUACCGCAAGAUAUGGCAAAUUCCUCGGAAGCCAGGACAGCAAUGUCACAUUUAGCUUCUAUGAAUCGUUGCUUACCGAGAUUGGCAGCGGAAUCGCGGCCGAUACAGGAACCGCCGACAUUGGUCUCAUGUCCUGCAAAGCCGCCUACACGUCCGUCAGGCGACUCAUGGUCCGGGAGAACGACUUUACCAAGGCCAAUAGCGUUGCCAAGUGCGCAUUCGAAUUCGCCAGCUCCCAGCGGUUCUACCAUCAGCGCAACUGUUACGUCUGGGGCUUCCGCUUGGCCGAGAUUUUGGUUGGCAUCAACGUGGACAGUUGGAAGACAGCCGACACAAAGCAAAAGGAAAACAUGCUCACAACCAGUCGAAACGUCAUCGAGAACGUUCUGGGUUCUCUUAAGGAGGACAAAAUCGAGUUGGCCAGUCUCCGCUUCGAGGACAUCUCCAGCUUGGUUUAUCUUCUUGGUGAACAGAAGAAAUGGAACGAGCUCGAGACUAUUCUAACCUCUCUUUGGAAGUCGAGAGAGGUACAGCGCAACUACGGUGACUGGACACCCGACGUUGUACUCACCAUCGGCUCCUUUUUGGUAAACGCCCACGAGCUUGCCGAUCACCUUGACCAAGCCAUCAACCUGUGCGAAACCAUUUACUACAACGUCCGUCAAUCUCGUGGCGGUCUGGAUCACUCGGCUCUCUACUUCGCCAACCGUCUCACUUACCUUCUCCGGCAUGCCAGUCGCCUCCACGACGCUGGGCGCGUCCAUCUAGAUGUCGCAUGCGACCUCGAGGAGCAUCUCACAGCCACUCGCGGCGCAGACAAGGACGAUCGUCUCCGCGCGGCAGCCGAGCUUCACCUUGACGGCAUGCGGCGGUGCGGCUGGGCUACUCGUGGCGACGGCAUGAAGAACACGCGGGAGAUGCUCGAGCGGCUCAGGGGGUACGGGAGGCUGAGCGUGGCCCCCGUCGAGGAGUGGUCCGCGACGGAUGAGAAGAAGGAGAUGAGCCGGGCGUGGCCUGAACCGAUCACUUGGAAACUCGGAAAGCCGGAGGCGGAGGUGGCAGCCCCAAAGAAGAGAGACUUGGUCAACCCUGCCAAGGAGAGGUGGGGCCGCCUGGGCUUCAGGCAGUUCGGAUUUGAAGCUGUCUACUAAAUACCAAGGUAUAGGGAACUUGGCUGCCGAAUUUGAUCAACCGAGUUGAAAGGCCCCGGAAGUGGCUGUAAAUUAUGGAGGGCGCCUGAAUCUGGGUUAUCAGGGAAUUUUGGGAACGAUUAUGAACCCCACACUUCGACCAUCGCUGGUCCAGAUUGCAUUUCAUUGAGUCUUGGUAUUUGGCAUUUAGUAUUUCGAG